CUCACAUGACUCGAACUCCCAGGGUGCUGCGCGGUAAACUUCUGACAGCACCGCCGGGUUGUUUUCCUUUAAAUCAGCCUUUUCAUGUUUCAGGUCACUGUGGAAUCUACCUCGGUAUAUCGCGAUAAUAGUGUGAUUCAUUCCUUCACAGCGGUCAAAGUUCCAGCCCGGGUUUCAUGUCAACAGCUUACACAGCCGUAGAACUUCUGUGUUAUUGAGUGUGUGUGUGUGUGAGAGAGAGAGAGAGAGCGAGUGAGAUAGACAGAGAGAGAGACACAACGACAACAGGUAAGCGGAGGAGACUCGAGGAGGUUCAUAUGUCUCCCUGUUGGAAAUAUCGUGCACUACACGGCGCGAGCUCUACUUUUUCACGGAAGUGUCGAAGCAUUUGAGCUCCGUAUAUCCGCCUUCCGUCUGUAGUGCUGGUUUUGUUUUUUGUUUUGGUUCUGACGCGAGUCUGUUGGACAUUGUAACAUUUUGAAAGCGUAAGUUUUGCGGAAGUUCUCGGCAGCUGCAGUGGUGUUGGUGUUGGGAGAUGAUGUGAAAGUUACACGUCAGGACUCGGCUUACCCGAGAAAGUCUUCACCUGGUCACACGGUGAGAAUCACCUUCCCCAACCAUACCCUCUGUAGCAUGGAUCAUCACCAUGUAUUCAACACCCUGGAAACAGUGUGUGAGGAAGCCAUCUAUGCCAUCUCUAUGCAUUCAAGUUUGCUACAGAAUGAUGCCACCAGUCAGUUGCUGGCAACAAUGAGACGCAUUCAUGAACAUGGGCAAGCUCUCAAGGCCCUGGUCAGUGGCUUUGCCGCAGUGUAUCACCAUUUUGAUUUUGACACGGUCACCCCAGCAAAUGGCUACCGCACCUUAAUCAAGGUGGUCCUGUCCUGUGUACUCCACAUAAUCCAGAAGGGCCGCUACAUUACCUCCAACUGCGGGGGGAUGUUUUUUCGUGUGGAGCACAAUGCUGGUGAGAUGGAUGCGUACUGUAUGGCACUUUGUCAGCUGCGUGCUCUUCUCUACCUGGCACAGCAUUUACUCAACAACAACGAACAUGGGCAGCUCCACUCGCUGGAAGACGAAGGUCUGAGCAGGAGGUUCGUCAGAGAGUACACAUCUAUGCACAAGGCCUGUUUCUAUGGGCGUUGCCUGGGCUUUCAGUUCUCUCCUUCUCUCAGGCCUUUCCUACAGACAGUGGUCAUCAGUAUGGUUUCAUUUGGAGAGAACUACAAGAAACAACAGACUAGAUUAGGAAGGGCAGCACUUUCUGUCAUUACUUCUGGGAAGUACGUGGUGGAUCCUGAGCUGAGGGGGGCGGAGUUUGAACGCAUCACUCAGAACCUGGAUAUGUAUUUCUGGAAAGCCUUUUGGAACAUCACUGAAACAGAGCUGAUAUCAAGUUUAGCGAGCAUCAGGUCACAUGCUGUGCAGGUGAAUUGUACUCUAACAAUUCCAGGUGAGCCACUGAGUUUACCUCUAGCCUCAGACACAAGUCUCUCAGUCACAGUGACGCCUCCCAUUGCCCACUGGGGGCCGGGACCCGUUCAAGUACGCCUCAUCUCUCACAUACUCCGCCAAGGACAGGAUAGUGCUGAGUUGCUCUCGUUCACUCAGUCUGAGGGAUCUCAACUCUCUCUUCCUGUAGGCCUCAGGCCUCAAAGUGGCCCCCUCUCUCCAUGGCUCCUCAUCCACUUUCAUGGGGGUGGAUUUGUGGCUCAGACCUCUAAAUCACAUGAAAGUUACCUAAAGAGCUGGUCAAAGGAUUUGAAUGUGCCCAUUCUAUCUGUGGAUUACUCACUGGCUCCUGAAGCCCCCUUUCCUCGGGCUCUGGAAGAAUGUUUCUAUGCUUACUGCUGGGCUCUAAAGAACUGUCAAUUACUGGGCUCGACAGCAGAACGUGUGUGUCUAGCAGGAGACAGUGCUGGUGGGAACCUAUGCAUCACUGUCUCUCUGAAAGCCAUGUCUCACGGGGUAAGAAUCCCUGAUGGCAUCAUGGCUGCCUACCCAGCGACACUCCUGACAACUGAUGCCUCACCAUCACGGUUUCUCACGCUCAUCGACCCAGUGCUACCUCUUAGUGUGCUUUACAAGUGUAUCAAUGCAUACACUGGUAUGGAUAGCGUGUCCGUGCAGCCCAGGCAGCAGCUGGACAGUGUGAGCGCUCUGGGACGGGACACUGCGCUUUUUCUUGAGAACAUCACACAAGGAGCUUCCAGCUGGCUGCAGUCGCUGCUUGACCGCACGUCUACCUCACCUGCUAGAUUAUCCGAUGGGUCUCAAAAUGCCGUGCCUCAUUCUGCUGACAUGCUGCACGGCCUGAUGGAAUUCCCAGAAGGCUUUGAACCUCUGCGCUCUGGGUGUCUGGCAGAGAUUCAUAUCCCCUGCACUCCUAUCAUGAAGAACCCAUUUGUAUCUCCUCUACUUGCACCUGACAGUCUCCUCAGAGGACUACCACCUGUACAUCUAGUGGCUUCAGCGUUGGAUGCUCUGCUGGAUGAUUCUGUGAUGUUUGCCAAAAAGCUGAAGAGCAUUGACCAACCGGUGACCUUGACUGUAGUGGAGGACAUCCCACAUGGCUUCCUCAGCCUAUCACAACUCUGCAAAGAGACUAAGGCUGCAUCGGACAUUUGCGUAGCACGAAUCAGAGAAGUGUUUGAGCAAGACAUACCACAAUAAAACUCUCUUAACAAAUAAACCUAAUGAUCAUAGUACUAAUAAGCUGACAAAGCAACGUUGUGAGAAGGAAAGAGGUUGAUGAGGAAAAAAUGUAAAGAACUGUGGGGGGUGGGAGGAAUUAGACUUUUAAACAUACCUCAAAAUGGCACACCUUCAUGUUGUAACUUGAAGUACUGAGGUUAGGAGCCUCAGCACUGUGAAAGUACUGCAAAAGAGAGACUGUUUUUACUGUGCGAAUUUCAGAACAAGCUAACAUGUUUUACGUCUAUUUAUUUCUUAAUGUUCUACAAAUUCACAUGUGCCUCUUUGGUCAUUUCAAACAUUUCUGAACUUUGUGUUUUGCCAUCCCUCCUACCCAGAAAGCAUGGCCAAUUUUACUCCCUUGAGACCCAGUCAUGCAUGGCUCAGGUGGAUGAUUUUGUGUAAUUGAAUGUCAUUCACACCCUGAAAUACUUGAACGAAAGAUUCCACCCCUCUCGUAUGGCCUUGCGAGCUACAAUAUUUGCAAACAGCUCAUCUUGAGUGUAAAAAAAAAAAUGUUACGUGGGCCUCAUGUAUCAAGCUGGAUACGAACAGAUUUAUUUGUAAAUAUUUCAUACAAGCAUUUACACAAGAAAUUUGGUCUUCAUGAAAAUCCUUUAAAUUCAGAAAAAUGUUCCUGCUCCUGAGUGUGUGUAAAUUUAUACAUACAGUGCUGUGAAAAAGUAUUUAUUGAUUUCUUCUGUUUUUGGUAUAUCUCAUACUAAUUUUUCUCAGUAAUUAAAAUCUAAGAUAAAAUGGGAGGAACGGUGGUUUAGUGGUUAGCGCAUUCGACUCACCCCUCCAGGGUUGAUGGCUCAAUUCUCACCGCAGCCCUCUAUGUAGCGGAGCUUGCAUGCUCUACCCGUGCCUCUGGAGCUUCCUCCGGGCAUUCCGGCUUCCUCCCUCAGUCCAAAGAAUUGCAAUGCAGGCUGAUUGGAAUGUCCAAAAGUGUCCAUAGUGCAUGAAUGGGUGUGUGAAAGUGUGUGUGAUUGUGCCCUGCGAUGGAUAAGCUGUACAGAAAAUGGAUGGAUGGAUCUAAAAGAAAACAAAGGCAACCUGAGUAAACACAAAAUACAGUUUUUUAAAUGAUAUUAUUUAUUGAAUCAAAAAAAGUAAUCCAAUACCAACUAGGCCUGUGUGAAAAUGUAUUUGCCCCCGUAGUUACUAAUUUCCCAAAUCUAUGAAGCUGCAUUCAUUCAGCUGGACUAGACACAACCAGGCCUGAUUACUGAAAACCCUGUUCAAGCAAAUCAACACUUAAGUAGAACUUUUUCAAUAGCAUGAAGUUGGUUAUAAGGUUUUACCCAGUAACACACAAUGCCAAAGUUGAAAGAAAUCCAAGAAAUGAUGAGGAAGAAGGUGACUGAAAUACAUCAGUCUGGGAAGGGUUACAAAGCUAUUUCAAAGGAUCUGGCACUCCAAAGGACCAACGUGAGAGCCAUUAUCUCCAAAAUGGAAAAACUCGGCACAGUAGUGAACCUUCUCAGAAGUGGACGACCUUCCAAAAUUCCUCCAUGAGCAACUACUCAUCCAGCAAGGCACAAAAGAGCCGACAAUAUCAAAGGACCUACAGGCCUCUGUUUUGCAUCAAUAAAGGUCACUGUUCAUGACUCCACUAUCAGAAAGACACUGGGAAAAAAUGGCAUCCAUGGAAGAGUGGCAAUGUGAAAACCACUGCUAACCCAGAAGAACAUUAAGACUCGUCUGAAUUUUACUGAAACACACCUUGAUGAUCCUCAAACCCAUUACAUCUGGCAUAAAUCAAACACAGAAUUCCACAAAAAGAACAUCAUACCUACGGUCAAGCAUGGUGGUGGAAGUGUGAUGGUGUGGGGAUGUUUUGCUGCUUCAGGGUCUGCGCAACUUGCAGUAAUUGAGGGAAACAUGAAUUCUGCUCUCUACCAGAAAAUUCUAAAGGAGAUUGUCCGGUCUACAGUCCAUAAAUUGAAACUCAAGCGCAACUGGAUUAUGCAGCAAGACAGUGAUCCAAAGUAUAGGAGUAAAUCCUAGUCCUAGAAGUAACUGAAAGAUUAAUCUCCAAGAUAUCAGAAGCGUUUGGUUGCAGUUAUUGCUGCUAAAGGUGCCACAACCAGAUUUGAAGUUGAAAGGGGCAAUUAGUUUUUCACAUUGGUGGUAGGUGUUGGAUAACUUUUUUUUUUGCUUCAAUAAAAAAUUAAAAACUGUAUUGUGUUUACUCAGGUUAACUUUGUUUUAUGUUGUGGGUUUUUUUUUUUUUUUUUUUUUUUUUUUUUUUUUUUUUUUGAAGCUCUGAAACUAUUUAGUAUGAGAUGUACACAAACAAAAGAAAUCACAGCAUUGUAAGAAGAGUGACUAAUGUAAACCGUUUAGAUCUGGAGUAUACUGUCGAGGUUAAAUUGCUUUUAAUGUUUACAGCGUUUAGCAGAUGUCCUUAUCCAGAAUGACUUAAAGAGCUUUGGGGUCUCGAUCAAAAAUACAUCCUCAUGCUAGUUCCUUAGGUCAUGGACAGAAAAUAUGUUCGAGAAUUUUAUUUUAUUAUUGGUAUUAAUCAAAGAAUAUUAAAUAGAGAAGGAAAGCCAACACAAGCCGCUAAAUUUAGACAAAUAAAACGAACCCAUUCAAUUAUGAGAAACGAAAAUGGCACAGUAUAAACAAAUGCCUCAGUUGACAGAAGACUUGGCACUCACUUAUUAUAACUAAUAUUAUUAAAUAAUUAUUUUAGCAUAGAAGUGAGUCAAAAUAACCUCUACUACUUUCAGCCUUUACUCUGAUUGUUCAUUUCGUGCUCCCAGUUGUCUGUGCAGUUGAGCUUUUAUGGAGUUUUGUGGGCGUCACUACAUGCAUCUUAGCUGUGUAGGAAACACGUUUUGAACUUUACAGGUGAUCAGCAAACGCACGCAAGUGUGAAGAAUAUCAGGCUUUCUGAAACUUACAUUUAUGGAAAUGUUUUUUUUUCGGUUUGGCUUACCGAAACAUUUACACACAAUUUUACUAAAUGAUAAAUGAGGCCCAAUGUUUUGUUUGUUUUUUUGUUUGGUUUUUAAUAGCAUUUUGCUAAUGUUCCCUGUUCGUAAAGUUAAUAUAGAAUAAGUGGUGAUAAAAGAUGAAUUUAACUCCAUGUCUUUCGAGGCUAAACUGAUUUAAGACAUUGAAGUGUAAUGUGCAAUAUGUAAAUCUGAUAUUAACACUUUAACCUGGAGUGUAUCAGCUAAAAAUGGACAAGGAUUUGUAGAGUUAAUCUCUUUACAUGGAUUUUCACAAAUGAACAGAUGUCUGAAUUAGAUAUAACAGACCAAAUUUGAAUGCAUGCACUUGAUGUUUUUAAUUGUUUAACAUGUGCAAAAAAUAAAUCUGCAUACCCAAAGAGAUUAGGGUGCACCUGCUUUGGUAUGGCAUUAAUAAUGAAUUUGCUGUAUUGAACUACCUCUUAACAGGAUUAUAACAGCCACUUAUUUUUAAUCAGCUGGCAAUAGGUCUCUGGUAAUAUAAAGAGUGUUUAUAUUUCUUCACAUUUUUAAGGAUUGAGGACAACUUCAGUGUGUUUCAUGGUUUCAGGAAUGUUUCUUCCUGUCUCUCAUCUAAUAAAUAUCUUUUCAGACAUGCUUUGAA